CAGGUCUUUCAAUUGUUUUAUUGCUAAUCACCCUGUACAGACCCACCUCAGGUGGGUCACAAAACUCAGAGGUAGGGCCUGGAGCACUGCAGUGUUUUAAAAACACUUAUUUGGGUGAAGUUUGUCGCUCAGUCCUUGAUUCGGUGUGCUCCUUUAAAAGAUCGGCUGUUCUUUCAGUUUCCCGUUCAGCGUCACAAGGGCUUAUCUGCUUCUUUCGGUUUUUGUGGGAAAGGCAUGGUGCUUUGGUUCCAGUCACAGGGCAGAGUCCCGGUUUGAGGGCUGUGAGCUGGCAUUGGGCCGAGCCCAGGAAUGCAGCGGCGUGUCCUCUGAAGUAUGAAGAGAGUGUGUCAAGUGAGGGGGAAUUCGGUGAGAGCCUCUGGAGGUUCGGAGGCUUUGUUGUCAAAUUCAUUGGGAAGCUGUUCACGUCAGCAGCGGACAAAACACCGCACUUACAGUGGAAGAAACAUCCUAUCCACAUCCAACCUGUCAAGAUUCCUGAGGAUCUUGUUUCAAUCAAGUUGCAGCUUGUUUGUUUCUGUUUGUUUCAGUAGAUCUAAGCCUAGCCUGUCCAACGUUUGGCAUAAGACAGCCUGUUCAUUUCAGGUACAUAGGCAAACAGAAAUGGGGAACUAUGGCAGUCAUUCUCUUGGAAUUCCUCCUGGGAAAGGACCAAAUCUUGUCGGAUGUAUGGAUUUGAUGGAUGGUCAUACAAUUCAGGGAAACUUCUUACGCUUGUACUACCCAUGUGAACAGAGUGGGAAGCAACAAGAACCAUUGUGGAUUCCUAACCGUGAAUAUUACUAUGGGCUGGCUGAUUUUCUUAAACGUAACAGAAAAUUUGUUGACUAUAUUUUAAGCCAUUUGUAUGGUAAGAAACGUUGUCCUAUGUUUCUUGCUUUGACCUUUUUUUUGAUCAACGAUAAAAUAACAUUGCAAAUAAAGCUUCAAUAUUUGUUCACUUUACAUUUUGUUGAAGUUUGCAACAAACUUUCUCACCAAACUGCAUCAGGAAAACAUAUCAAAACAGAUUUGCAUUCCGAACUUCCAAUAUUAAUCGAAAAUGUGGAUGACAAGAUUAGCUCAAAAAUCAAAAAUCUCUUUCUCAGAGACGGGUCAGCUUCAGCCACCUACUACUUUGAAGAAAAAUCUAAAACAGUCAAUGAAGUAGGAGAAUCAACCUCUACCAGCAGUCCUGCACUUCCUUUAGAUCAGUUACAGAGGAAAUGGCUUUACUACAAGCCUCUUAAAGAGGGAGAACAAGAAUUCCCACUACGGAACGACCAGGUACAUCAGAGAGCGGAAGAGUGUACCAAGGCCUUAAAUCUGCUUACUGACAUAAACUUGGGAAAACCAGUCAAUAAUAUAGUUCCAGUGAAUUUUGAUUUCACUAAAAUGAAGGAUUCUCUGGAUCUGCACAAAGUAGCUAUCAUGGGUCACUCAUUUGGUGGAGCCACAGUUAUUGAUUCACUCAGCAAAGAUGUUCGGUUCGGAUGUGGAGUGGCAUUAGAUGCAUGGAUGUUCCCACUGGAGGAUGAGGUGUAUACAAAGGUACAGAAGCCAAUACUGUUCAUCAACUCCGAAAAAUUCCAAUGGGUUACUAAUAUCCUGAAAAUGAAAAAACUUGAUUCAGUUGAAAUACAGCGAAAAAUGAUUACAAUCAUAGGAACAGUACAUCAGAGCUUCCCUGAUUUCACGUUUUUGACUGGCACUUUCCUUGGAAAGAUUUUUCAAUUAAAAGGAACAAUAGAUCCCCUAACAGCAAUUGAUAUUAGCAACAAAGCUUCUUUAGCAUUCAUGCAACAGCACUUGGGUCUUGAGAGAGAUUUUGAUCAGUGGGACCCCGUUAUUGAUGGGCAAGGAGAACACAUUAUCCCAGGCACAAAUAUUCAUUUGCCUUUAUCGAACUCUGAACCCAAGCAAUGACUUUUGAAUUCUGAAUCCAAACUGUGAAUGUUGAGCAUACUGCAGUAAAAUAAAAAUCAGUAUGAAUGGAUUUAUCUGCACUGAACACUCGCAUUGUGCUAAACAUUUGCCUUAUAAGAUCGUUAGAAAUUGAGUUUAAGAAAUGUGUCCUAAGCCAUAAAAUACACUCUUUACCUCUGUUCUUUUGGAUAUAGAUCCAUGCAUCAUUUGGAUGAAUUAGUAUAACAUUCAAGUACAAGUCUCCAAGUUGGAGUAACCCUUAUUGGUUGUAUCUAUUUUAAAAUUGCACUGUAUUAUACAGAGUUUUUAAGGAUUUUGAUUAUUGCAUUCAGUAGUUUGAAAUUACACUAUUUAAAGCUAUGAUGCACUAUUAAUUGGUUUGCAUGUUUUCCUAAACCUACCAUUAUGGCGAAGCUUAAAGUUCAUCUGUGAUUAGAACUCAUUGAGAAAAAAUUCUUUAAAACCAGAAUUAAUAUAUAACUUAAGAUUUUGGGAACAUAAAUUAUUAUUUUGUGAAGAUUUUUCUUGACUUGCUUGUCUACUAAAAUUCAUUUUGAAUAAUUGCUUACAUUUUUUUAUGUCUUUUUGCUACUCCUAAUGAAAUUUUUUGAUCAACUCCUUCCAAACACAUUGGUGGCACUUUUGUAACUGCUGUUGACUGUGAACACCAAUCAACCUCUUCUGUGUAACAAAAUAAAACAAAAGAACUGUGGAUUCUGAAAAUCAGAAACAAAAAGCAGAAAUGGCAGGCCAAUCUCAGCAGGUCUGUCAGCAUCUGUGGAGAGAAAGCAGAGUUAAUGUUUCAGUUCCAGUUCUGAAGAAGAGUCACUGGACACAAAACACUAACUCUGAUUUCUCUCCACAGAUGCUGGCAAAGCUGCUGAGUUUCCCAGUCAUUUCUGUUUUUGUAAUCUUUUCUUCAUUCUGUUAUAAGAAGUGUCCACAACAACCUAUACAAUGGAAAUAUUGUUUCUGAUGUGCAAAGUAAGUUAUUUAUAGUCUAUCCUUUUGGCAGUUGAAUAGAAAUAAAAAUGAUAUGUGAAGAGAAUUGCAACUUCUAACUGCGCACACUGCAAUCUAAUUCCAAAUUCCAGUCUUUCACCCACAGCUAUAUCAUUUCUCACUUUGUGUUCUUCUGUAAAUUAUUCUUCAGUCACCACUUAUUCUGUAAUUUCCCGAUUAGUUUAGUAAUGAUGUAAUUAGACUGCCUGCUGACAAAUAGAAGCCAACAUUUCCAAAAGUAUGAGGAUGAUCAGAUCUUUGUGAAUUUACUAGCCUCCAGCUAGCAGUGUUUAUAAUGAUAAAGGUUAUCCAAAUUAUUGACCUUGAUUUAUAAUCAUAACUAAGAUAUAUGGGGAGUAUUUGAAAUAACUGACAAAAAAAGUUAACUAAGACUUGAACAACUUCACUUGAAGCAAAACUGUACACAACAAUGCUUGUCCGGGGAAGAUUGUAAUCCGCUGCUGGAGGGAAAGGGUAGGGAAUUUCACAGGAAUUUUCCUCAAAUCUACCACAUCCUCAGUCGAAAAAACUCUGGGAAAAAUAGUGCCCUCAUUAAACUUAUUACAUUCUCAAAGGCUGUACUGAGGCAUUGGACAGUAUCUCUUUAAGAUGCAACUUAAACAGAUGAGGCAGAAAAAUUGGUCAUCAAAGGUUCAGACAUCUGAUCAGUUACUUUGACAACUCUCUUUUCCUUCCACCUAGUUCAUCAACCAAGCUUCCUGUAAGGCUCCUCUUAUCCUAUCCCUGGGUUUGCAUCUAUUUCUAGUUUCUCUUUCUUCCCUUUUGCUCUUUCUGAGCUCAUUUUGUGUAUAAAGCCUACCUGAAUCUUCCUCCCUAUUCCCAUGAAACCUCUGACCAUCAAACUUCAUUUUUUGGCUCUCAGGUUACCUGAUAUUGUCUCUCAAGUACCGUCCCCCUCUCUUUCAUAACUGCCAUUAACCUUUUUCCCUUAAAUUUACCCUUUGAAUUCAAACUUACCACCCCAUUUCCAACCCCUCAUUUUCUCUUCAGUCCUCGAGUAUGUCUUCACUUCCUCAAUCUGUCCAAUGUUUUGUGGACCUGCAUGUUUAAAUCCCUCCAAUCAUACCUUUUCCCCCUCUAUCCCAACCUCAGUACAUCAUCUGCUAAAACCCUAAUUAGUGCUUUUGUAACCUCCAGAUAUUCUGUAACAUUGUUGACCAGCCUUCUAUAUUCUACCCUGUGUAAAGUUAUUACUCCAAAGCUCUGCACUAACUUUUGUAUCCAGUCCCUUUAUUCCAUCACAUUAUGUUCUACACUGGAUUAUAGUUCAGCAGCAUUGAUUUUAAAACGCUUGACCUUGUUUGGUCUCUUCAUGGCCUUACCCCUAUUUGUAAGCUACAGCCUCACACGAUCUCCUAAGCAUCCAAUUUUAAUUGCUGCACUAUUAACGGCUGUGCUUCAGCCUGGAAUUUCCUCUCCCAAACCUCUCCACUUCUCCUCCCUUCUUUUGAGUAACAUUUUGUUUAUCUGUCCUAGUGUCCCCUUAUGACAGUUAGAGUUCUUAAAAAAGAUGACAGUGAAUUACCUUGGAAUUUUUGACUACCUGAAAGACAUUGUGCAAGCUGUAAAUACCUUUAGGCCAAGAAUAUUAACUUUGUAUUAGUUGAAAAAUUUAUUGUUUUGAUACUAAUUUGAGUUUCAAUGUACUAGCCUAGGUUCUUCAAUUAGUGUUUCAUUACUGUUAUCAUGACAAAAUGACAUUUUAAAAUCUUAAGAUUUUGUCACUGCAAUGUGGCCUCAGGAUAUCCCAAGCACAAAAUGCUAUUUAAAAUGUAAUU